GUCUAAAACAAUGGAAGAUGAACCGUGGCUCCCAGAGGAAGAUUCGAGGCAAUUGAUUUAUGAAGUGAUUAUGACCAUAACCAGAUUGAGUAGAUAUCCAGAGCCUGCAAAUCAAAUGUCUAACCUUAGACGCAUAGGGUUUGAUGAUGCCUUCGAAGGUGUGUGUAGUAUUAGGGAUAUGGAAAUUGAAAAGCAGGUCGAACAAUUACCCACUGAAGAAAUUGAAACAAAUAUACGAAAAUUAGAGUGGAAUCUUUAUAGAAACAAUGCCUCAUAUGCAGAAAUGUUGUGA